AUGCCAGCAGCCACGACGAUGGCCCAUGUGAGCAAGGCGAAGAUGUUACUUUAUAGGCAAUCUCAAGCCAUCGCCUUCGCCGAAGAGUUGAAAGCGCUAUCCGUGGGAGCGGCGCUGCACAGAGGAAACAGAUUGGUCGGAUUGAACGCAUAUCUAGACAACGAUGGAGUACUGCGGACUAGAGGCAGACUGCACUCAAUUGACACAGCUAAAGACGCAAUUAUACUAGCUCCAGAAUACCGGAUAACUAACCUAAUAGUGAGAAGCUUUCACGAGAAGUACCAUCAUCUCGCUCACGAGAUGGCAAUAAACGACAUCAAGGCUUCGUUUUACAUCAGCCGCCUCCGAGAGUUGUACAAAUCCUGCAGUUCCCAGACCACCCCAGAUGGCACCGAUUCCGAGGGCGAGAAUAGGAAUCUUCCAGAUACCGUUUACCUACACAGGCAUCGAUUAUUUUGGCCCGUUAUUGGUGAACGUCGGCAGGCGCAAGGAGAAGAGAUGCAUUUUGAGAUCGCCCAUAGCCUUGACACAAGUUCAUGCAUCAUGUGCCUCUCCAAUUUUAUGGCGCUUCGAGGGACACCAAAGGAAAUAUUCUCAGACAAUGGUACGAACUUCAGUGCCACGGAAAAAGCCGUGCGAGAGGAGCUGAAAAAUAUCGAGCACGAUAAGAUCACCAUUACGUUUGAUGGCAUAAAGUGGCGAUUCAACCCACCAGGAGCACCACACAUGGGUGGAGCAUGGGAAAGACUCGUCCGGGCAACAAAAGGAAUUUUGAAGAACAUUUGCACAAAUUACUCCUUCAACGACGAGGGCCUAAGAAACGCAUUGAUGGAGGCACAAUUUAUCAUCAACUCGCGACCGCUCACGUUCGUAAGUCUGGACACUGAGGAUGACGCCGCUCUGACUCCGAACCACCUACUGUUGGGGUCAGCAAAUGGAUACAAGCCACUGCCAAAAGAAGGGAUGAAUCUGCAUCGUAGAUGGAUUGAGACUCAGUGCUUCGGGGACCGUUUUUGGCAGCGAUGGAUUAAAGAGUAUGCGCCCGUAUUAACCAGGCGUACCAAAUGGUUUGAAAAAGUACCUCCAAUAACCAUUGGGAGCAUCGUAGUCAUCGUAGAUGAGCUUCUACCCAGGAACUUGUGGUUAAAAGGACGAGUGAUCGAGACAAUGAUGGCCAAGGAUGGGCAAGUUCGACGAGUGACUAUAAAGACCUAA